CUGAUUCAGGAGUGCAGGGAAUGAUUCACAUCCAUCAUCUCGCCUUUUGACUUGGAGAUACUGCACUGAAUUCUUGUCCCUUUCGUAGCUCGCUUACUUCUCUGCAUCGAGCCUCUGCCUCGAGCAUCACAUCGUUGCUACAGGAACGAGACUGUUGUUGGGCUCUGCUUGCGUGCGUGCAGAUGUCUGUUUUAAAUUACGACGUUUUACGCACCGCUAAGGCUGCCCUGGAUGAAGGAUUGAUUGACCAGCCUGAUUAUGACACAGUCAAAAGUUCUUUCUUGAGGGCGCAGCAAAUCAAGGCUGGGCUGGAUGCUGGCUUCAUCCCUGAAGCAGAAUUCACAAAUGUCAAGCGAGCUUUCUUGGAGUCUCUGGAUAUUGGCAGCAAGGCAACCGACGCGCAUGACCAAAAUCACGUCCUCCCAGCUGAGACCAGCGCAGCCCAGGCAAAGCAAAAUGCCAUUCCGGCACCGCCGCAGCCAAAGUCUCAAGCACCCUCGCGUAGCACGCAGCCUGUGCCACCUGUUCAGCCCACACCAAGCAACAGCACAAGCCAGCCGCAUGUCCCUGCCCCUCCUGCUCCAUCAGUGACGGCAGCGGCACCAGCCCAACGGCCACCGUCACAGCAGCCAGACGUCGCACAGCCGCAGCCGGCCGCCACUUCCGGCCUCGUUCGGCUGGGGCGGACAGAGGUGCCGAAGAACAUCCCCAAUCUGGGUGGGAGGCGGCCAAAGCAGAGUCAGGCGACAUCCAUGAGCGGGAUCUCGGUGUCGGAGGAUGCCGUCAACAUGUACUACUUCCUCAAGGCCAAGUCAUCGUAUCGAUGGGCAACAUGGAUGAUCAACAAUGACGGAAACGAGGUGGUCAUUGCCGAUCUUGGCUCCAAAGACUCCACAUAUCAAGACCUGCUUGCAGUCUUGCCAGGCUCAGACUGCAGAUAUGGAGUGUACGACCACCAGUUCAAGAAUAGCGAAGGCUGCAUCUUCAACAAGCUGGUCUUCAUCAAUUGGGCUCCAGAUGCUGCUCGUAUCAAGGCAAAGAUGAUGUACGCCAGCACCAAGGACUUUUUCAAGGGUUUUCUGGAUGGUUUGAGCGUGGAGCUGCAGGGCAGUGACCUUGGGGACAUAUCCGAGCAGGAUGUGGCUGAGGCCGUGCGAUCAACUGUCACCCGGCAGUGAAGCCCCUCUGCAGUGUGGCAGUCUGCGGAUGUGACGCAGCAAAAUGGGUGGCACUUGUGUACAUGCCUGGGGCAGUGGCAAUGCUUGUGAUACAGGGCGCAAGUACUGCGCCAGAUAACUUUGCAUUUCAGGCAAUAACCUCUCCUGGAAGUGAGCGGCUCAUGCUCAGGCAAAGAGCAGAAAUUUGAGUUAUAGAGUCUCUUGCUGUGUGUCUUGCUGUUCUGCUAUCAACCCAAACUUUCCCUGGAUGAGAGGGCAUGUUGGCCUGGUCAUACAAAGGCUCAUGUCUUGUCGACCAGCCCCUGAUGCACUUUGUGGCGCCUUUUCCGGAGUUAGGAUCCAAGAGAGGUUUUAGGAGUACCGGAAUUUCAGGACAUGUAGGAUUAGGUGAAAUGGUCUCAGCAUUUUGGGCAUCAAGCUGCGCAGGAUGCGAAUGCUGCGGCCCCCGAUCAUAGCUUCAGCUUAGCUUGCAGCUCUGUAGUGGUUCAGCUAGCGAGCAGGAGCUGAUCACAGUGCCACUGCAGUAUUGCUCACGAGAAGGGAGGAAGCCCCACCAAAAGUAAGGGACCAUAAGC